AAGCCAACAAAGACAUCCUGCACGCUGAAAACGACAAACCAGAGACGUAGCUGCUUUUAACACUUAGUAGUCCCACGCAGACUCCAGAAUAAAUAAAAAAACAUAAAGUGCAGGAAGCACGUUGGGUAUUUUGUGUCUGCAUCAUUACCGCUCGCUGCACACACCUUGUGCUAACAUGACGGAGCAGCCUGCGAGCCAACAGGGAUGUUGUUUAUGUGUUUCAGGAGCUUUGCCAAUCUUUCGUGCUGCACCGGCUUCCUGAUUGCAGUCCUGUCUCGGUCUGGACAGACGCCGUCCCGGCCGCUAAAUGGAGGAGGAAAUCCUUUAAGAGCGUUUGGAGGAAGAGCAGGAAAACAGGCCAUGCUGUCGCCUUUGACCAUAUCACCACCGACAUCGCAGGCCGGCCCUGCUCCAAUUAGGAGGCGAAUCGCUGUCGUAUUACGUGUUAUCAUGUGUUUAUGUUAGUCGGACAUACCAGCUCUUUCUUAUUUACUCCUUACAGAUGGAAUCAUCUUCAACUAGAGAAGAAGAAGAAGGAGGACAGGGGCCUCUAAUUCAUCAUUCAUGUGUUUAUCUGACACAUUUUAGCAUCACCGGAACAUAAACCCACACAUAUGAAUGCACACACACACACACACACACACACACACACACACACACACACAGAUAAAGAGGGUUGGGCUUUUCCCUUAACCCACUCAGCUCUCAGACCUUCAGCUUUUUAAUGGCACCUCAGGUCAGCGACCAGCCUCGAAAGUUACAGCUGAUCCCUUCAUCCACCAUGAUCCUGUACCUGCUCUUCCCCGCUCUGCUCCUCGGUAUUGUGGAAUCACAAACAGCCAACGUGACAGGAGCAGUGAUGAGCAAAGGGAACCAAACAUUCAACGGCAGAAUGAAUCCCGGCAAUGUGACGUCCAGCGUGAACCAGGAUAGCAUGAGUCAAAUUGAAGAUGAACUCGAAAGCAACCGAACUGUUAUCACAGAUGAUGAUGAGGAUUUUCAGGACUGGGGAUUCACAGCCCACUGUCAAGAGGACACGCUGGUACAGUACAUUGACGCCCUUUGUCGAGACAAGUUUAUCAUAGAAAUGCAGUCAGUCAGCACAGAAAACUGGUGCAUCCUGGAAAAUAUCAUCAGACCAUACAACGACUUGACGAUAUGCCUCGAGAGGCUGCUAAUAUUUUGGGCUGUAUUACCCAAACCACAGCACUCAAGACUUCUUCCUCCAAUCCACUCUCAUUACUUCCACAACGGUUCAAGAAAGAUCUGGAUUUGUGGAAGAACUUAA